GUUUAAUUGUUUAAACGUCAAUAAAGAUCCGGAAGCCUGAACGUGACCGGCGCUAGAACAAGGAGGGGAAGAAGAAUCUCCCAUUGUCCAAGAGAUCCACCUCGAAAUCCGAAUCCGAAAUGCAAGAUCCGCCUAACCCGAAUGCGCAGAACUCUGCCCAUCCGCAAACCGGGCAGUCAAUGUUCGCGGUGGGUCCGUUCCGGAACUCUUUUCACCGCCGGGCGCUGUCGGAGGUCCAUUUCCGGAUCCCGGACGACCUGGAUAUGUCAUUCGAUGUUUCAGCUUCAUUUGAGGAGGAUGAUAUCUUCAAUGCUUGCAUGGACAUUGAGAAGCUCGGAUCCGGACCCACGUCUUCCACCAGCACCCCAAAGCCUGAAGAUGACCUGGGUGGCCCUCCCUCUUCGAAGCCUGAGAGCAGCAAUGCCACUGGCGGAGGCGGUGGGCCCCACAAUCAGGGAAUGGUUGUGGAGAGUAGCGAAGGAGAGAAGAAUGUCAAUGCCAGGCCAAGGCACAGGUACAGCAAUUCAGUGGACGGCUCCUCCACUUUGGAGAGCAUAGAAGCUAAGAAAGCAAUGGCUCCAGAUAAACUCGCUGAGCUGUGGACUCUCGAUCCCAAAAGAGCCAAAAGGAUAAUUGCGAAUCGGCAGUCUGCUUCUCGCUCUAAAGAGAGGAAAGCCCGCUAUAUUUCAGAACUUGAAAGAAAAGUCCAAACCCUCCAAACAGAAGCAACUACUCUUUCCGCUCAACUUACUUUAUUCCAGAGAGAUACAACAGGUCUGACUUCUGAGAACACAGAGCUUAAGCUUAGGUUACAAGCUAUGGAGCAGCAGGCUCACUUACGAGAUGCCUUGAAUGAAGCACUGAAGAAGGAGGUAGGGAGGCUCAAGAUUGCAACUGGAGAAAUGAUGACACCAACUGAUUCCUAUAAUUUGGGCAUGCACCAUAUUCCAUACUCUCAAUCUUCCUUUUUUACACAGCAGCCACAAGCUGGCUCUGUCGAGGCCCUGAAUAUACAAAUGCCUCAGUUUCAUCCCUUUCAGUCUAACAUGCCGACUCCUCAACCACCUAUGCAUGCGACAGCCCACUCACAUGCUUUUUCAGAGAUGUUGCAGCAGGAUCCUCUUGGCCGAUUGCAAGGGCUUGAUAUCAGUAGCAGAGGGUCUCAUCCUGUGAAAUCUGAAGGUCACUCAAUUUCCGCCAGCGAAAGCAGUACUACCUUUUGACGCGCAUAUUUCAUUAUCUUGCCCCCAUAUGUUGGAUUGUUUAUAGGCUGACCUUGUUGACACCAAGAGUACAAUUGAUUUGAUUUCCAUUCUUUUAGUGUGAUCGGAUUUUAGGUUCUUGGUGGGUUCACCAAGUUUAAGAUGUCCAUUAGUUCUUUCUCAGUCUGACUCAAUAUCAUUUUUUUGGGAGCGAUCAUGUGGGAAUAGAAUGAUUUUAUAGGAAUAGAAAAGGGCACCUUGCUUCUUCUUGUUGUUAAAUGCUGUACUAUUGGAGAAAAUUAUUUUCAUAUUUAAUGUUUUGGAUGUAGAUCACUCUCUU